AUGGCCAAAGACGACGAUUUCGUCUUCACGCUCUCUGACGACGAGAACGAACCUCGUUUCGAAGAAGAAGAUGGCGACAAUGAAAUGCAGGGCAAUUCGCCAGUAGACAACAAAAAGCGCAAGCGUGAAGUCGAAGCCCCCAAGCCCAAGAACAAAAAGCAGAAGCAGCAGGAAAAGCAGCAAUUGAAGAACGCCAAGAAGAAUAAGAAGACUGCUCAGCCCGAGCCCGAGCCCGAGUCUGAAGAGGAGGAAGAUGAUGACGCUGCUGCAGCAGAUGCGACAGAAGACGAUGGCGUCCUGAACCCCGAAUUCGAGUUCGAUGUCGGCGGCGCGACGAACCAUGGUGUUACCGAGGGCUUCGACGGCUGGGGUCUUGACGACAACGAGCAGAAGCGGUCCGGUGAUAAGAAGGCUGUGGAUAUCGACGACAUCAUCGAGCGGAGGCAAGCGAAGAAGGCAGAGGCUGCUGCCAAGAAGCAGAAGAAGAAGGCUACCCAGGAGGAGAGCGCAUCCGAAGACGAAGAUGAGGCCGCAUCGGGCGAUGAAAUGCCUGUAGACUUCGAGGAUGAUGAGCUCAUGGCCGAUGACGCCUUCGGUAUGGGUGCGGACGGUGCAGAGGAGAGCGAGGCUAGCGAUGCUGAAGGCCCCGAGCCUGGCUCUGGAGAUGACUCCGACUCCGACGACGAGGACAAGGAUGAAGAUUCCGACGACGAGGCUGCAUCUGACAACGACUCUGUCGCUACACCUGUUGGUCACCCCGAUGACAAUGGUUCGGACGCAGGGUCUGAUGUAGAGAGUGUUGUGGACGAAGAGGAAGCCGAGAAGCGCAAGGCAUUCUUUGCUCCCGAAGAAAAGACCGACACCAAAGCCAACUUGUCCAAGAUGACUUUCCAAGAGUUCAACCUUUCUCGCCCCAUCCUUCGAGGUCUGGCCUCGGUUGGAUUCACAGACCCGACACCUAUCCAACGCAAGGCGGUCCCUGUUGCUCUGCUGGGCAAGGAUAUCGUCGGUAGUGCCGUGACAGGUUCCGGAAAGACUGCGGCCUUCAUUGUCCCCAUUCUGGAACGUCUUCUCUUCCGUCCCCGCAAGACCCCUACAAGUCGUGUCGUGAUCCUCAUGCCCACUCGUGAGUUGGCUGUCCAGUGUUACAAUGUUUCCGUCAAAUUAGCCACCUUCACAGACGUCACUUUCUGUCAACUUGUUGGUGGUUUCAGUCUUCGUGAACAGGAGAAUGUUCUCAAGAAGAGACCCGAUGUCAUCAUUGCCACUCCUGGUCGUUUCAUUGAUCACAUGCGCAACUCGCCCAGCUUUACUGUGGACACUCUUGAGAUUUUGGUUCUUGAUGAGGCCGAUCGUAUGCUUGAAGAUGGUUUUGCCGACGAGUUGAAUGAGAUUCUCACUACCAUUCCCAAGAACCGUCAAACUAUGCUGUUCUCCGCUACCAUGACCGACUCAAUUGACAAGCUUAUUCGUGUUGGCAUGAACCGCCCAAUGCGGUUGAUGGUUGACGCUAAGAAGAACACUGUUUCCACCCUUGUUCAAGAGUUUGUUCGUCUCCGCCCCGGGCGAGAAGACAAGCGUCUUGGAUAUCUCCUGCACCUGUGCAUGGAAGUCUACACAAAGCGUGUCAUUAUCUUCUUCCGACAGAAGAAGGAAGCUCACCGCGUUCGCAUCAUUUUCGGUCUAUUGGGUCUGAAGGCAGCAGAGCUGCACGGUAGUUUGAGUCAAGAACAGCGUAUCAAAUCCGUUGAAAACUUCCGAGACGGCAAGGUUGCUUUCCUCCUCGCCACCGACGUUGCCUCCCGUGGUCUGGAUAUCAAAGGUGUUGAAACUGUCAUUAACUACGAAGCUCCUCAAAGCCACGAGAUCUACCUGCACCGUGUCGGUCGUACCGCCCGUGCCGGUCGCUCUGGUCGUGCAUGCACCAUCGCUGCCGAGCCGGACCGCAAGAUCGUCAAGCUCGCCGUGCGAGCCGGCAAAGCUCAAGGCGCUAAAAUUGCCAGCCGCGUAGUUGAGCAAGCCGUCGCAGAUAGCUGGGCCCAGAAGGCCGAGGAUCUGGCCGAUGAGGUGACCGAGGUCCUGCAGGAAGAGAAGACCGAGAAGCAGUUCUCUCAGGCCGAGAUGCAAUACACCAAGAGUGAGAACUUGAUGAAGCAUGGUCAUGAAAUCAUGUCGCGACCGAAGCGAACAUGGUUCGAGACCGAGAAGGACAAGCAGGUGGCUCGCAAGUUGGGUGCUGUUGAAUUGAACGGGCCCAAUGUCAAGAAGAACAAUGUCAAGCUCAGCAACAAGGACAAGAAGCGUCUCGACGAUCGCAAUGAAAGACAUGAAGGCAAUCUGGGGUGGAAGAAGGCGCCUUCUCGUGCGAGGCGUGUCGGAAACGCAAGGUGCGCGCGGAUCCCCUCGGACAAAACCCGAGAUUGCCGAGCUGACUCGUCGAACCCCGGCAGGUCAAAUGUAACGGAGCAAGUCCGUCAUGUUCGCGAUGUGCAGCUAGAGGAGAGCUCGCCGACUUUAUCAUACACGAAACAGCUUGAAGCUAGAGUUGCCCAAUUGGAGGAUGCAUUGUCCAAGAUUCGCCCUGAUGGGGAUGUCGAGUUACGGAAGGCAAGCUCGCCUUCGUCGGUAGCCGAGUCCAGUUCGAGCGGCCCCAGAAUUAAGAUCGAAGCGGAUACGGAUGAUCUUGCGAGAGAAUUCGAUGGCCUGAAUGUCGAAAACGACGGUCGCGUCUCGUUUCAUGGACCUACGAGUUUGUUCCAGCUUCCGAGUGGGGUAGGGAGUGACACGGCAUCGAAAUCGCAUUACGCGCAGGAGAUCGAAGGUCGCAAGGAGCUGCGUGGCGAGAGAGAGCAUUCGAGCAAAUGGCUGCUAUGCCAGAACCGUUUCAGUAUCUUCUCGAUUCGCACUGGUGCUGGAUCCAACCGCUUUGGAAUUUCGUCUACCGACCUGCAUUUACACGUCUGUUCUACCUCGUUCCAGAUUGCGACAACGAAGCUAAUGUACGGAGCAGGUGAUAUGAAAAUCCAAGGAACUUACUACUCAGAUGUCUUGUUGAACGCCAUCCUCUCCCACUCAGUACGAUGGUGCAAAGCAGAGCCUCAGAUUGGUCCACUAUUGGACUCCUAUGACGGCGGAGCUCAAUUCUCCCACCGCGCAUUGACGGGUGUAUUUGACUCCCUCAAAGUUGGAUAUGCAGGCAUACCUACCAUCCAGACACUACUAUUGCUCAGCGCACAGGAAUGCGGCCGUGGAAACCGCACACAAGCAUGGCUGUACAGUGGCAUGGCAUUCCGACUGCUAGAUGACUUGGGCAUCUCCAUUGACAGCCGGAAAUAUUCUGGUUCAGCUCAAUUGAGUGACGAGGAUAUCGAGAUACGGAAUCGCCUCUUUUGGAGUUGUUACUUCUGGGACAAGGUGGUUUCGUUGUACUUCGGUCGGGCGCCGACAAUGCAGCACUCCCGCGUUAGCCCGCCGCGCUUGAUUCUGGAUGAUACAGCUGAGAUUGAGAUUUGGACCCCUCACGGCGUUAGCUUCCCCGAUGGCGCUCACUAUCCGCCCACACAGGCGCAUUCGACGUCAUGUUUCAUGAAGAUGUGCGGACUUGCAGAAGUCCUCAACCAGAUCUUAAUCCACAUCUACGAUCCGAUGCGUCGAAGUACGGACUCAGAGUUCUAUGAUUGUGUUCAGGAGCAGGGCAAAGCUCUGGGUGAAUGGUGGGACGAUCUUCCAGACUUUUUGAAGUUGACGGCGUCAAACCUUCCCCCGUACUCACCACCGAGCCAUAUUGUGAUUUUGAACUGUUUGUAUCACACAAUUAAUAUCCUGCUGCAUCGACCAAUUCUCUGCUCUCGCGAACUGCUCAAAACUCGGCCAGAUGAAUACGAUUCAAGCCAUUUAGUACAGUGCAUGGCAUCGGCAACAUCAAUCCUAUCCCUCUUCGACCUAUACCGCCGCACAUUCGGUGACAGCCACGUGGUCCUCUCCCUCGCAUACAGCAUCUACACAGCGGCAUCGAUUUUCCUACUUGAGAUCCAAGCCUUGAAGUAUGCCGCACCAGGAACACUGGACAAACUCAAGUUCUGCAUAUUUGCCUUGGAGAGAGUCAAGGCCGCCAACCCCGUCAUUAUAACAGCCCUCAAUCUGAUCUCCCUGGAACUCCAAAGGCUUCACAUCAAUAUCCACGUUCCAAGGUCUGCCCCUCCUGAAUCCAACCAAGAACACCAUCCCCAGCACCACCAGCCUCCUCCUCAACUACAGCACCACAAUCCUCGCCACAGUCAGUCACCAUCAAUAGGCAGCAACCCAUCCCGCCACGUCUCUCCAGGCCAGCAUCAUCACCAAACCCCAGUAUCGAUGACCGCCCAUGUCCAAAGCUCGGCGCCAGAAACCCCACCCUUGAUGCAAGGAUACAGCAACUACCAACAUCCAGGAACGGGUUUCAAUAUCCCGCAUUCCGGCGAAAUGCCUCAGAUGCCGCCCACACAUUUACUGGGCGGGAUGCCUAACGCCGUUAUGACGAUGGAUGAUCCUGCGUCAUAUGAGAUUACACCGGAGGUGUACGAAGCAUUCUCAUAUGCGCAGCCUAUCACGACGAAUAUGACGCCUGCUUUUGAUCAGGGAUGGGGUGGGCCUCCUCAGUGA